AUGUUGGCUUUUGAGGUGUACGUACACCUCAACCGCCAGCGCAUUGUUUCUUUAGAUUUCGCGUCUUUGUUUUGUAUUCAACAUCGACGCCGAGAAAGGCAACAGCAGCAACAGCAACAGCAGCAACAACAGCAACAGCAACAGCAACAGCAACAGCAGCAGCAACAACAACAGCAACAGCAACAGCAACAGCAGCAGCAGCAACAGCAACAGCAGGAGCAGCACCUCGUGCAACCCGAUAGAGACGCAAGAAAUACAAUGCCCACGGCUGCAGCUGAGUCUGUCUCUGGACAGCAGACCCUUCUGACUAUGCAGCAGCAGCAGCAGCAGCAGGAGCAGCAGCAGCAGCAGGCCCACCAAUCGAGGCAGCAGCAGCACCAUCAAAAACAGGAACGCCUGCAGCAACGGCACCAGGAGGACCCGCUAAGUCAGCAGCAGCAGCAGCAGCAGCAGCAGCAGAAAGAAGACAGUUCCACAUGGGCAGGGAUUGCUCAGGAGAUGAGGUUUGAGCAGCGUCGUAGGACGCCGCAGCAACAGCAACAGCAACAGCAGCAACAGCAGCAGCAGCAGCACCAAGAGGAAACGGAGCGCCAGCCGCUGAAGCUGCUGCAACGGCAGAUGCAAAAGGAGCAGGAGGCCGAGGAGGAGCAACAGCAGCAGCAGCAGCAACAACAGCAGCAGCCGCAGCUGCUGCUGCCGCGACAGAAGCAGCGUUCACUAGAGAGGUUUUGUCUACGAGAGGCAAGAGCUGCUGCUGCUGCAGAGACACCCGAAGUGAUCCCCCGGGCAUUGAAGAAGGGGCUUAGUCUGCCUUCCAGCAUUGCAGCAGCAGCUCCAGUCCUGCAGCAGCAGCAGCAGCAGCAGCAGCAGUAUAAGCAGCACCACAGACAGCGCCGCAAACUCUUGCGCAAAGUGCAGCCACCCAAUCUGUCUCCGGCGAAGAGACAGCCAGGGGAUAGCUCAGGGAAGAUCAAAGGAAAACUGCUGGGAGCAGCAGCAGCAGCAGCAGCAGCAGCAGCAGGUAACUGCCACAAGCAGCAAAGACCACCACAGACAGCAGCAGCUGUCCGCGGUGCAGCGCUGCAAUGGGCAGCUCUCGACUCCCCAUCACCAGACUGUCUUGCUGCUGCUGUUGGUUCGGAGCAGCAGCAGCAGCAGCAGCAGCAGCUCCUCCUGAGACAGCUGCCAGCAAGACUGGCUCUUCUGCAGCAGCAGCGGCAGCAGAAGCAGCAGCAGAAGCAACAGUCGCUGCAGCAGGCAGGUCAGCAGCAUCAGCUCCAUGAGUUGCUGCAGCUGCAGACCCAACACCCGCAGCAACUCCAGCAUCAUCUGCAGCAGCAGCAGCAGCAGCAGCAGCAAAUGACGCCUACCUUCUCUGUAGGAUCUCUGCGCAAGAAGCCCCCCAGCAGGUGGAAGCGGCCCUCUCCCUUUGGUCUUCGAGUGGACUUCCCAGUGAACCCUUUGCUGCAGCCGCUUCUCCUAGACACCAACCCGUUCCUUGACUCCCGCCCCACAUAUAAAGGCAGCACGAAGCUGUACGAAGUGCAUAUACAGCGGAAGGGAGAGGAGCUGCUUGAGGACGGGCAGCUGCAGCAGCUGCAGCUGGUGAGGAAGCCUCCGCCGCAACUGCUGCUGCACCAUGAACAGCAGCAGCAGCAGGAGCAACAGCUUCUACUGAAGCACGAGAAGCAGCAGCAGCAGCAGCAGCUCUUGGUGCAGCACGAACAGAGCCAGAGGCUCACCCCUUACGGCCUUCUUGCAAAGGGCUCCAGCAACAGCAGCAGCAGCGAAGCAGCAGCAGCAGAAGAGCAGCUCACGGGGCAGCUGUUGCUGCAACACCGUUGCAGCAGCAGCGGAAGCACCGGAGAUAUUCACCCUAACGGCUGUUGCUGGGUGGACAGCAGCAGCAGCAGCGGAUGCAGCUGCAGCAGCAGCUGCAGCAACAGCUGCAGCAGCAGCUGCUGCUGCAGCAGCCUGCAACACCGCUGCAGCGGGAACAGAAGCUUCAUCGCAAGUACCCCAACCAUUGAGGAGUUGGUGGAGGUUCAGCUGAGGCAGCCAGCAGCACUUUAUCUUCCUUGUCAAGCGCUGCAACAACAGCAGCAGCAGCAGCAGUUGCUGCUGCAGCAAGAUAUGCUGCAGGGCCACGAGCUCUCAUUACCACUGGCAUACUGCUGCCCUACUACAGAUGAGCAUGUUGCGUUGCAGCAAAAGCAGCAACAGCAGCAGCAGCAGCUGCUGCUGCUGCAGCAGCAGAGCCCCACAUCAGACCGCAUGCACCUUCCAUCGCCGCUGAGCUCUCGGCUUCAGCAGCAGCACGGAGACGCUACCACAGCAGCAGCGGCAGCUGCUGCUGCUGCUGCUGGGGCGGUGCUCUCUCCCAUGAGCAAUGAGGACACAAUAGGAAGCCCAUUCAAUAUCUCCUGCUGCAGCAAGGGCUCGGUAAUGCGCUACGGCAGCAGCUGCAGCAGCAGCAGCAGCAGCAGUAGCCACCCCGAAGCGCUCCAUCGAGAAGGCAGCGAGUUAAUGGAUUUGCUGCACCAGCUGCCGUAUUCAGCACAGCAGCAGCAGCAGCAGCAGCAACAGCAGCAACUCUGCGGGAAAAGCAGCAGCUGCUGCUGCAGAGUGGGAGAUUGCUGCCGCUGCAGCAGCAGCAGCAGCAGCGGCUGCCAACACUUGGGUAGUGCUGCUUUUUCUGCUGCGGCUCCUUACACAGACCGCAAACAGCUGCUGCUGCAACAUGAGCAGCUGCUGCACCAAAGCCGCCCCUUGAAUGUUCACACGCCGCAGCAGCAGCAGCACCAACAGCAGCAGCAGCACCAUCAACAGCAGCAGCAGCAGCAGCACCAAGUCGAGCAAAAUUCCUUGCUGCACAGGAAUGCUCUUUCUCUCGAUCCAUCCAAUGAAAUGCAGCAGCAGCAGCACCAGCAGCAGAAUCAGCAACGGCAGCAGCAGCGGCAAGAACAGCAGCAGCAGCAGUUAACCUUGCUGCAGGAUCAACAUAUGAUUUCGCUGCUCUGGGAUUUGCGGGGCUCCCACACGUGCUGCAGCAGCAGCAGGUUCGGCACCUGCAGCAGUGGCAACAGCAGCAGCAGCAGCAGAAGCAGCAACAGCACCGGCAACAUUAACGCUUCACCUUUAGACAGAACUAUCUCCAGCUCAGCUCCUGCUGCUCUUGGUCACUACAGCGCCUUCUCCUGGGGGAGCGCGGAAACAGCAGAUCUUCAACCAAUUGGUAGCAGCAGCAGCAGCAGCAGCAGCAGCGAGAGCAGCAACGGCAGCAGAUGCUGCCCAUCUCACAAACGGCCCCUAGCCAAUAGCGCAGUCGUCAGCCCCACUAGCCCCACAGGGUUUGCUGCAGCUCCCGAGGGAUCACGUGCUGCUGUUUCUGCAGCAGCAGCUCCUGCUUCUGUUCCUGCUGCUGCUGCUGCUGCUCCUGCUGCUCCUGCUGAAGCAGCACCAGCCCCCAGUGUUCCCAGCUUUUGGAAGUGGCCUGGGGCGCUGCUGUUGGGGUCUCUUUUAUUUCCUAAAGAAGAAGAGAAAAAAGCAGCAGAGACAAAUACAGUGAGAUCAUGUGACGCAGCAGCAGCAGCAGCAACAGCAGCAGGGACAGCAGCAAAUGAAGCAGCAACAGUAGCCGCAAAAGAAUCUUCUCAAUCUGAAGCUGCUGCAGUGCCCAAAGAAUCAGCAGCAGAAGAUCAGGGCAGCAGCAACAACUCGAUCCAGCAGGGCGACAAUUGGGAAGACCCGAUGGGAGUGCAGCAGCAGCAGCAAGAGCAGCAGCAGCAGCAACACCAACAGCAAGAGCAGCAGCAACAGCAACCAGGAACAUUUCAAGUCCAGCAGCAAAUGGAGCAGCUUCAAAAUCCUCUUGGGGCUGCAUCUGGAUAUCCUGAUACUCUCUACGAACCUGUGAAGCAGCAGCAGCAGCAGCAGCUGGUGUUCUUGCAGCAGCAGCAGCACGCUCCUGCCACCCACGAGGGAGCUUCUGCAGCAUCACCACAGCAGCAGCAGCAGCAGCAGCAGCAGCAGAACUCACUAGAAAAUACCCAAGUAAAAGAAGGGCCUAGAAGCCUUUCUUCUAGGGAUUGCAAAGGCGACGAACUGCUGCAGUUGCAGCAGCAGCAGCAGCUACAGGAACAGCAGCAGGUAAUGCCGCAGCAGCAGGCAGGGCAGGAGCGACAGGAGUUGGAGCACGAGCAGCAGCAGCAGCAGCAGCAGCAGGCGGGGCAGCAGCAGCAGCAGGUGGAGCAGCAGCAAAAGCAGCAAGCUGAGGCCUUCCUCAGUGGGAACGAUCACAACAGGUACAACAGUCCUUGGCAGCAGCAGCAGCAGCAGCAACAGCAGCAGCAGCAGCAGAUAAACGCAACAGAAGGCCCACUUAAGAUUAUGCUGCAUCCCGCAGGAGACGCAGAUACUGUUGAUGGCUUUGAGGGAAGGGAUGAUUGCUUGGAGUCUGCUGCUGUUGCUGCUGCAGCAGCAGCAAGCAGCAGCAAAUGCCCACAGUAUUCUCUUGCCCAGCUGCUACACUGGAGAGGCUCCACAGCAGCAGCACCAGCAGCAGGAAGCAGGGGUGCUGCUGUUUUUGCGGGUGACGGGGGUUCUGCUGUUGCUGCUGCUGCUGCUGUUGCUGGUGCUGCUGCUGGAGGUCUGCGCUUCACAGUAGAGACGCCGCGAGCAGCAACAGCGCCCUGCAGUCACUCAUCGUCUGGUGCUGCUGCAUGCUGCAGUGAGGCCCUGCAGCAGCAGAAGCUUCGCUGGCAGCACUUGGGUGGUGUGCAGCAGCAGCAGCAGCAGCAGCAGCAGCAAAGGAGACGCAGCGACGUUGGGGCUUUCCGGCGUCUCUCCUCUCUCUCUGGGAGAAGAAGCCAGAAGGAGUUGCUGCAUUCAAAGGGUUCUUUAAGGGGCAGCUCAGCAAAACAAAGCGUCAUUACACCCCCCAGAAAAUCUGCUGCUGCUUCUGCUGCUGUUGCUGCUGCUGCUGCUGCUGCACCUGGUGCUAAAGGAAUACCGGCUGCCCACAACAAGGUGUCCCCAUGGCAGCAGCGGCAGCUCGCACAGCAGCAGCAACAGCAACCACAACAGCAGCAGCAGCAGCAGCAGCUGAUGGUGAUGAUGAUGCCGCCUCAAGAGCCUGAAGCUGACGUAGCAGCGGCACCUGCAGCAGCAGCUCAUAGUGUAGACGGCGUUGCUGCUGCAGCAGGAGAAGGGAGAGAGAAUUUAAGCGAGCAGCAAAUAAGAGACAAGAAUUGGCUCUCCUCCGCUGGGGUGUCUCUCCAGGUCCCCUCCUGCAGCAAAGAGCUGUUGAGCUUCCAAAGCGAUCCCCACAGCCCCACAGGCAGCAGCAAAAGGGACGUGCAGAGCACCCCAGAGAUCUCUGCGCAGCAGCAGCAGCAGCAGCAGCGGGAAGAGCAGCAGCAGCAGCAGCAGGAGCCGCAGCAACCGCCUGAGGCUGCAUGCAUUGAAUCCCGUUUUCUGGGGCUGUCGGACUCUGCUGUGCUCUUGUGGAGAGCUGCUGCUCUUCAAGAAGACAUCAAAACGAAAUCAAAGACAACAGAAGACAUACAACCAUCCCCCAAGGGGCUUCCCUCCCCUGCUGCUGAUGCCCUGGGGCCCCCCACCCUCUGCCCUGGUUCUGCAGCAGCACUAGGAGCAGCAGGAGCAGCAGCAGGAGCAGCAGCAGGAGCAGCAGCAGGAGCAGCAGCAUCAGCAGCAGCAGUACCUGCUGCUGCUGAUGCUGCUGCUGCUACUGGUCAGUCUGUGGCAGAAGAGACUCUGCAUUCUGCUGCUCCAGAUGUCUCUACCUCCCUCGGGUCUCCUCAGGAGACUGCAGCACUGACUGCUGCAAGCACAAAUGUUGAGGGGCCCCCGGGGCCCCUUGGGGGCCCCCCUUGUACAUCGCCUAUAUCUCCUCCAUUUCCUGACAGCAGAAGGCCACGCACGCUAGCAAGAGAAUAUGUAGAUUUCUUAUGCUCUACAAGCAUCAUUGAGGCUUCUCUGCUGUCUCCUCAGCCUCCCCUAUCUCCUGCAGCUGUUCAGACACCCCCAAGGGACCCAUUAAGCCAGCAGCUGCUUCGUACUGAAGGUGUUUACCUUGCGGGCCCUUAG